AUGGGCAGCUUAGGGGAAUUCAACGAGUAUCGUGGUGGACGAGAUUCUGAGGCGUCUGUUCUGGGCCCAGACAGUCCACUUGAGGUGUUCGAGAUUCCAUCGUCACGUAAUGUUCACGGUAACUCGUUUCCUCUCGGCAUCCGCCCAAAGCCUGGAUAUGAAUUUCACACGAUCGACGAGGCCGUAUUAGCCAUUGAAACUUUGUCAAAGAAAGGAGCUUUCAAUAAGCUUCUGAGAAACCACGGCGCACUGUUACUGCGAGGAUUACCCACCAAAACAGCAGCGGAUUUUGCAAAGGCUGUCAAAGCCUUUCGCCUCCCUCAACAACAUCGCGAGAUUGGCCUCGCAGGAAAGAGAACAUCGGUGAACGAUACUGUGAAGACUGCCAAUGAAGAGCCGCCCGAUGUGAAGUUCUACUACCAUUCUGAGUAUGGCAGAAGCGCCCAUUUUCCAGGAGUGCUGUUCUUCUUUUCAGAAAUUGUCCCGCAGCAAGGCGGUCAAACUCCUCUUCUAUCCUCUCUGGAACUCUACGACCGUCUGAAAGCUGAGUUACCAGAUUUCUUGCACAAUCUAACAACGAAGGGUAUUAUUGGGCGCCAGUAUUUUCCAGCCAAGGAAGAUCCAGAAGCUGAACACAUAGGAUGGAAUUGGAAGGAUUCGUACGGUUUCGACAUUCAAGAAGGAGACUCUCAAGAGGUUCAACGAGCCAAGGUAGAGAGAGUUUUGAAGAACAACCUUCAAGCUGAUGCCCAAUGGCAAGACAACGGUGCUUUGCACGUCCUCCAAAGGCUACCCGCCAUUCGACGCGUUGAGUCGACGGGCAAGCCAUCCUUUUUCAAUGGAUUUGCCGGUGUAUAUGGCCGUGCAAGGGAUACCAACGGCCUCGAACCUCCAUACAAGGGAUCUGAUAAUAAGUAUCAUCUUCCCACAACAUAUGGGGAUGGUAGCCCUAUUCCGACAGCUUACCUCGACCGCCUACUUGAAAUAUCCGACGACAUCGGAUUUUUGGUGCCGUGGGAGGCGGGCGAUAUUGCCAUGAUUGAUAACUAUACGGUGCAGCAUGCUCGUUCCCCGUGGGUGGGAAAGAGGUCCCUCCUUGUUAGUCUGUGGGAUGGUGUCGAGAAGUUUGUGCCCUAUUGA